UCUUAUUUUUGAGUUUUACAACUCAAUAGCGAAUUAAAAAGCUUUUUUCUUCCUGUUUUACAAUGUAAUAGUAAAUUAAAGAACUUUUUUAUUUCACAUAUUCUACUUUCGUUGCAGUAAAAUCCCAAUGUAGAUGAAAAGAACAGUCUAUUAUUCGAUUAUCCUGGUAGUUUCGCAUUGUCAGCAUAUGGCUGUGUAUGUCCACGAGGAAUCGUCAGAUUUCGGAUAAUACUGAAUUACAAUGGAGAAGCAGAUAAAACUGUUAUUAGAACAAAGUAGCAAUUCACAGCUACUAGGAAUAUUGGUUGCUGUUUUUGCUAUUAUCAUAACUUUAGUCUUGUUUGUAUUUUGGCGCAAGAGGAAGUCUGCAGGCCAAGGCAUCCUUCUGACAGGUCUCAGUGAUACUGGAAAAACUCUAAUCUAUGCGAGAUUAAUAUGUUCUAAAUUUGUGAAGACAUACACAUCUGUUAAGGAAAACAUAGGGGACAUCACAAUUAAUGAUAAUUCUUUGAGAAUAGUGGAUAUUCCAGGAGACGAGCGAUUGCGCAGUAAAUAUUUUGAUAAGUACAAAUCAUCUGCUAAGGGUUUGGUUUAUGUGAUUGACUCAGUGACUAUUCAAAAAGAGAUUAGGGAUGUGGCAGAGUAUUUGUACAAUUUAUUGUCAGAUCCUUGUAUACAGAAGAACAUCCCAGUUCUUAUAUUAUGCAAUAAACAAGAUCAAGUCAUGGCCAAAGGGUGUGCAGUGAUAAAGACGCUAUUAGAAAAGGAGAUGAAUUUACUACGAAUGACAAAAACUAGUCAAUUAGAGACUACUGACGCAUCAUUGGUUAACGUCUUCCUUGGGAAGCAAGGCAAAGAUUUUGAAUUUUCACAUCUGGACUCGCAAAUCGAUUUUGCAAAUUCCUAUGCCUUUAACAAAGACCCGCAAACAGCAAUAGAUAUCGAAGAAUUAAAUAAGUGGUUACAAAAAGUUGCGUAAUAUAUAACUAUUGUCUUCUUAAAUAUAAGUUAUUUGUAUUUUC